AUGUCUUCUCAUGAUAUAGUCGAAAUUAUAGAACCACCGGAAUCAAAUCACGAUAUUUCUUUAUGGCAUAAUCCUUUGCUUCAUAUAUAUUCAUCACUCAAAGAGAAAACAGAAUAUAUCAUAAAAAAUGUAUCAAUAUCAGAAUUAAGUGGUAGCCUUGGGGAUUUAGGCACUUUAUUACCGAUUUUGGUAUCUCUUUCAAUUACUGGUCAAAUUUCUUUAACUUCAUCACUUAUUUUUGGAGGUUUAUGGAAUAUCAUUAGUGGUUUAAUGUUUCGAAUCCCCAUGUGUGUUCAACCUAUGAAAGCUAUCGCAGCAGUGGCACUCUCAGCACAUCUAACAAUAGGUGAAAUAAUGUCUGCAGGUCUUGGUGUUGGUGCUAUGAUAUUUAUUCUUGGAAUUACUAGAACUAUUAGAAUCGUCGGAAAAUGGACUCCAAUAUCGAUAAUCAGAGGUAUUCAAAUGGGAGCAGGUAUAACACUUAUAAUUAAAGCAGCUGAUUUAGUUCGACAACGUGGAAGUUGGGGAGGUAGUUCUUGGCAAUGGAGUGAUAAUUAUGAAUGGGCUAUUCUCUCCUUCAUAUUUGUAUUUAUUUUUUAUUCAUCCCGAAGAAUACCAACUGCAUUAAUUCUGUUCAUCUUUGGUUUAAUUGUUGCCAUAAUAAAAGUAUCUAGUAAUAAGAGUAAUUUACCAUCUGUAUCAUUUAAUUAUCCUGAAGUUGUUGUCCCUACUUUAGAGGAAUUUAAAAAUGGCUUUCUCAGCGCUUCUCUUGGUCAACUCCCAUUGACAGCUCUCAAUUCGGUCAUUGCAUUGGCGGCAUUAGCUGAAGAUUUAUUUCCGAAAUGGUCUCAUGUAGUUACUGUUGAAAAAAUUUCGGUCUCCAUUGGACUUAUGAAUCUUGUUGGAUGUUUUUUUGGUUCUGUUCCAUAUUGUCAUGGUUCAGGUGGGCUGGCUGGUCAGUACCGUUUCGGUGCAAGAACUGAAGUUAGCAUUUUGUUUCUUGGGCUGUUCAAAUUGCUCAUGGGAAUAUUAUUUGGAAAGACUUUAACAAGUCUUUUAGGUUAUUUCCCAUUAUCAGUUCUUGGUGUUAUGCUCUUUGUAUCUGGAACUGAACUAUCUGCAGCAGCAAGAAAUUUCUCAAAUAUCGAUAAUGAUGAGACUAAAAAAGAUGAUGAUACUAAAAAGGAUAAUGAUACUAAAAAGGACGAUGAUACUAAAAAGAAGGAUAAUGAUACUAAAAAGAAGGAUAAUGAUACUAAAAAGGAUAGUGAGACUAAAAAGAAGGAUGAUGAGACUAAAAAGAGGGAUUUUACAUUAAUGAUUAUAACUGCAGGGUUAUUAGUUGGUUUUCAAAAUGACGCGGUUGGAUAUAUUGGUGGUAUGUUAGUCAGCCUUUUGUUUUUUAUUGCUAGCUUUAUUAAUCGUAAAUAUUGUCAAUCUCCUACUACUCCUACCGCUCCCACCACUUCUACUAUUGUAUAG